AGUCCGAACGACAAAACCCAACCAAUUUCAAUAUGAAGAUGAUCAUUGCAUUCGCUGCCCUCGUGGCCGUAGCUCUCGCAGCUCCCCAACAACACCCAUCGGAGGUCCAUGUCGUCAAGGAACAACUCCACGACAACAUCGGAGUCGGUGGUUACAGCUACAAUUACGAAUUGUCGAAUGGUGAAGCCAAGCAAGAAUCGGGUCAGUUGAUAAACGCCGGAUCUGAGAAUGAGGCCAUCGUUGUAUCGGGAAGCUUCUCGUACGUGGACCCCGCAACCAACCAGAGAUACACCGUCACUUACACCGCUGAUGAGAACGGUUUCCAUCCAGUCGGUGAUCACAUCCCUGCCUAAAUUCCGACAACUGCCAUACAGACUCUUAUUUUAAAUAGGCCUAUACGAUUGAAAAAAUUCAGUGAAUAAAACCUCGUUUU